AUGGAAUUAAACAUUUAUGCACUGAUUAUGACUGUGGCAGCAUGGGAGCCAGAGGAAGCCAAAUUUGGCUCAAACAUCGAUGGAUCCAACUACAAACCAGAUGCAUUGAUGAAGAGUGAAGUCACCAAGUCCAAAAACAAGGACGAGCAACUUCUUGUUUUUAAGGGCGGAAAGAGCACCAUUCUGACUGUGACUGGAUUCAGACUGAUGAGUGGGAGUACGCUGGCCAAGGCCACUGCGGUGGAAGAGAAGAAGUUCACUGCUGGAAACUACGACGUAUUCGGUGACAGAUUUGANCCCAUGGAAUUAAACAUUUAUGCACUGAUUAUGACUGUGGCAGCAUGGGAGCCAGAGGAAGCCAAAUUUGGCUCAAACAUCGAUGGAUCCAACUACAAACCAGAUGCAUUGAUGAAGAGUGAAGUCACCAAGUCCAAAAACAAGGACGAGCAACUUCUUGUUUUUAAGGGCGGAAAGAGCACCAUUCUGACUGUGACUGGAUUCAGACUGAUGAGUGGGAGUACGCUGGCCAAGGCCACUGCGGUGGAAGAGAAGAAGUUCACUGCUGGAAACUACGACGUAUUCGGUGACAGAUUUGAUAUGAAUAAGCGACAGGAUGCAACAACAAGACUUCUUGCUCUUACUGAUGUCCCAGCCAAUACCAAAAUAAUGACGUAUGGUGCAGUAGAUGAGUCACUAUACGAUGCAGUACGUGAUGCAGCCACAACAAAGGACUCUAAGGGCACCACAACCCACAAGGACGUCGACAUGAACUACGCUGACUUCAAUUCGAACGUAUUCACCAGUCAGAAAAACAAGAAUAGCGAUGGUCUAGGAAAACAGAUUGAUAAGGGUGAUUCUGAUAAGAUCAAACAGCUGCUUGAGACACUGGCAAUGGAUCGAAUUGAAUUCAUCUUGAGCAAAUUGAGCGUAAAGGACAAUAAGGAGCCACACGUGUUGGAAGUGUCGUAUAAUACUGGGAUUCUGGCUGCUAAGAACAAGGUGGCCCAGUCAAUGCCAUUCUGCUACGAUGGCAAGAAGUACUACAUGCUUGGAAUGACACCAUGGUAUGGAACAAUUCUAUUCAAAAUAAUAGUAGGAGUUGUUGCAAUUACAAUACUCCUGGUUUCGAUAUAUUUCGGAGGAGCAAAGAAGAAGCUUGAUUAA